AUGGUGGUGGAUGAGAAGGUGCUGGCGGAGCUUCCGCCCCAACUUCAGGAGGAGAUUCGCCGCGAGAUGCGCCUAACCAAGCGGCCGGGCGCCGCCCUCCCCGCCACCGAUGUCGCCGCGAAGCGAUGUCGGCCGGAGGUUGUCGAGAUUGACGCAUAG